CCGCUAUUGCCCAAACAAAUCAUCGAUCACAACACCAGGCUGACUGUCUCCAGCCACUACAACACGCUAAAUGAUGACAUCGAGUUACUAAGACUUGUUCCCAGAAGGUGUUACAAGUAUUCCAUGAGUACACUGUCCAAUCAUGCUGCGACCCUCCCGGUAAGCAUUCAUGCCGCAUUGCGGAGUGGUAGGACAGGUCUCAGUCAUGGACAACAGUGGCCCCAUAGCCCCAAUCUAUUAUUAAUUUCGAUAUUGCAUUUCCCCAUUGAGUACCGUCUGAUCACCUGUAUGACGGACUUUUUAGGCUCAGUGUCGUUCGUUGUGUCCCACAUUUCUGCUUUGCUAGGAUCUUGCGCAACCCAAAUGACAACAUAAGCAUUAAACUCCCAAUAGACUGCGAGACCUCUGGUCUCGAAAACCAACCCUUCGACAACCUCUGGUUGAAGGAGUAUCCAUAUGGAAGUAUCAUGAAGCAACCAUACACCCUGUUGAUAAGCUCUCAGCCCAAACCAGAUGUCAAGCAGGCCUUGCGCCUGACCACAUAUUUUCUUCUUCUUUUCACCAUUAUCGCACUGAUUGUUCGCAACAAAUGCUACGCGGAUCCAACAUCGUACUUCUUUCGACCCUCCAUCGCAUACGCUGCACCGCAUUCUUCCCAUAGGAUAGACCAAGCAGAUCGCUACGCCGAAUCCUUCACUCAACUACGUACCACGUCCACCGACAUCAAACCCGCAACAGUUUCUUCGUCUCCAUCAACGACUCUAUGUGUCGGCAUUUCGUCAGUGCGCCGGCCACGUCUCUCAUAUCUCAAAACGACCCUUUCUUCGAUGCAGGAUGGACUUGAUGGGAAUGACCGGAAGAAUCUCUAUUUUGUGGUACUACUGGCCCACACGAAUCAAUCCGUACAUCCAGACUUUGGCGCACCAUGGUUGCGCGGUAUGGCCGACAAACUUCUCACUUACGGAUCGGAAAACGACACCACUUAUGAUGUAGCCAAGGAAAUGGAGGAAAGUGGUGGUCACGAAGUGAAGUCCAAGUUCGACUAUUCUCUGGUUAUGAGCGAAUGUCUGAAGUCGCAUAGCGACUAUGUGCUGAUGGUUGAGGAUGACGUCGUUUUUACAUCAACAUGGUGGACAAAGACAAAAGACGCGUUAUCCACAGUCAAAACACAGACCGAGCAGAUGGGAUACGAAAACUUCUACUACCUGCGUUUGUUCUACUACGAAAGUAUCCAAGGCUGGAACGCAGAGUCUUGGCCAAGAUACCUCCUCCUCUCCGCCGGCAUCGCAGCCACAGUCUUCUUCGCGCUACUAGCUUUCCAGUCUCACAAACUGAUGCGCAGCUUCCGCCUCCACACCCUUUCCAUCCUCCUCGUUACGUUCGUCUUCACGCCCGCCGUCAUCAGCCUAUACUUCUCCGCCGGCGCAGUCUGCAUGCUACCGAAUCCUCAAGGCGUACAACUCAUGCCAGAAUACGCGUGCUGCGGACAAGCCCUCGUGUUCCCCCGCGCCACCGUACAAGACGAUGUUCUUCCCUUGUUCCACCAGAAUGAGUGGAACAAGACACCCGUCGAUAGUCUGAUUGAGAAAUACGCCGAUGGUAUGAGUGGGGAGAUUGGGGAUAUGAGGUGGGCGAUUACGCCUGUGCUUUUGCAGCACGUCGGGAGUCAGAGCUCGCAUGGUGUUGCGCGGGAUAGUGGGUAUGGAAACAUGACGCCUUAUAAGCUGUGGAACUUUGGAUUCGAAAGAGUAGAUUGA